AUGGCCUCUCUGGACCUGCCCUAUCGCUGUCCUCGCUGCGGGGAGCACAAGCGCUUCCGAAGCCUCUCCUCCCUCCGCGCCCACCUGGAGUACAACCACACCUACGAGACCCUCUACGUCCUGUCCAAGUCCAACAGCGUGUGCGACGGCGCCCUCGUCCCCCUGGUGACCGAGCGACCCCUGUUGACCUCGGCUGGUGGGGGUCGCGACCCCUCCGAGCAGCGCCCCAGGGACCGGGGCUUCCCCUACGACCUGCCCUGCGCCGACGACCUAGGGCUGACGGCGGCCGCUGCCCGCUGCAUCCCCAAUGUGGAGAUUCCCCUGAGCGAGAUCUUCAUCAAGAAAGGCAUGGCCUCCACCACCCCUCCCAACCCCACCACCGCCGUGGCCGUGGCCGCUAACGUGGCGGCCAGCGCCGUGGAGGCAGCCUACGAAGAGGGCCUGGCCCGGCUCAAGGUGAGGGCCUUCGAGAAGCUGGAGCUGGACGAGCGGCUGGAGAAGCUGUCGGAGGAGGUGGAGCAGAAGAUCGCGGCGCGGGUGGGCCGCCUGCAGGUGGAGCUGGAGAGGAAGAGCUCGGAGCUGGAGAAGGCCAAGCUAGAGAGCGUCCGGCUGGGCCAGGAGAAGCAGGACCUGGAGGACAAGGCCUCGGAGCUCUCGAGGCAGGUGGACGUCUCCGUGGAGAUGCUGGCCACCCUCAAACAGGACCUGGUCAACAAGGAGCAGGAGCUGACCCACAAGCAGCAGGAGGUGGCUCAGAUAGACCAGUUCCUACAGGAGACGGCGGCGCGGGAAGCUAACGCUAAGGUCCGACUGCAGCAGUUCAUCGAGGAGCUGCUGGACCGAGCGGACCGGGCCGAGAAGCAGCUGCAGAUCAUCAGCAGCUGCGGCACCACGCCCAACGGCAGCCUGGGCCGAUGCAGCGUCCCCGGGUCCAAAGGGACCAGCCGCCAGAGAAACUCCAGUCUCUCUGGGAAUUCCCGGGGAAUGUACCAGGUGUCAGAGCGCCACUCUUCUCCCAGUACGGGGGCGUCGGGUCGGGUGAAGUCGGUGUCCCAGGGCUCGGGGGGCUACGACAGCGACAGCGUGGAGAUGCACCCUCUGGAGGAGUGUGCUGAGGCGCAGUACUACCAUGUGCAGUGCCGAAUGGGCGAGGGGGGCUAUGAGCGGGCCGCCAUGUCGCGCAGCUGGGGCCUCCGCAAGCAGGCCAUCCAGAACUGGCAGCGCCGGCCCUACCGAAACAGCACCGAGGGCGAGGAGGGAGACGUGUCCGACGUGGGCUCCCGCACCACCGAGUCCGAGGCUGAGAUCUGGGAGCAGGAGCGCAGAGCCCCCGACACACAGCACUCUGCACCCAACAGGAGCGGAUACCGCCUCGGCACAGGGCGCUCGGAGGGCGGCUGCAAGCCGUGCCGUCAUGACAAGAGCAGCCCAUCUAAGUCCAACGAGGUGAUCAGCCCGGAGGUGCUGAAGAUGCGGGCGGCCCUCUUCUGCAUCUUCACCUACCUGGACACCAAGACGCUCCUGCGCGCCGCAGAGGUCUGCCGGGACUGGAAGUUUGUGGCCAGACACCCGGCCGUGUGGACCCGUGUUCUGCUGGAGAACGCCCGGAUCUCAUCGAAGUUCUUAUGCACACUGUCUCAGUGGUGCACACAGACCCACUCCCUCAUCCUGCAGAACCUCAAACCCAGACAGAGGGGCAAGAAGGAGACCAAAGAGGAGUACCUGAAGAGCACACGUGGAUGUUUGGAGGAGGGGCUGGAGGCUCUUUUGAAGGCUGCCGGGGGCAACCUGCUGAUCCUGAAGGUUUCACACUGUCCAAACCUCCUGACGGACCGCUCCCUGUGGCUGGCCAGCUGCUACUGCCGCGCCCUGCAAGCCGUCACCUACAGGAGUGCCACAGACCCUGUUGGGCAGGAAGUGAUCUGGGCCCUUGGAGCUGGCUGCAGGGACAUCAUCUCCCUACAGGUGGCGCCACUUCAUCCCUGUCAGCAGCCGGCUCGCUUCAGCAACAGAUGCCUGCAGACCAUUGGCCGAUGUUGGCCACACCUCCGGGCCCUUGGAGUAGGCGGGGCUGGGUGCGGGAUUCAGGGGUUGGCGUCAUUGGCGAGAAACUGCAUGCGCCUGCAGGUUUUAGAGCUGGACCAUGUGAGCGAAGUCAACCAGGAGGUGGCAGCAGAGGUGUGCAGAGAGGGGCUGAAGGGUCUGGAGAUGCUGGUGCUCACGUCUACCCCUGUUACUCCAAAGGCCCUGCUACACUUCAACAGUGUGUGCCGAAACCUCAAAUCCAUUGUGGUGCAGAUUGGGAUCGAAGACUACUUUGAGGAUCCCAACAGCCCCGAAGCCAGGAAACUGUUUGACGAGAUGGUGAACAAACUACAGGCCCUGAAGAAGAGACCCGGCUUCUCCAAGAUCCUGCAUGUUAAGGCCGAUGGUGUUUGCUAACCUCUGCCCCCCACUCCUAACCCAG